AUGGAAAGGCUGGAACAAGUCUGUGCCGAAUGCCAGCGACAUUGCUUCAACACUGAACACAAUUUGGCCAACGCGAUAAGAGAGUUGGAACUUCAGAAGAUUCUCAGAGAAGAGGCUGAAGAAAGAGCUGCUAAUGCAAUUCAAAGUGCAGAGGAAGCAAAGGCCAAGGUACAGGAAGCCAUUGCAGCCAGAACCCUUGAAAGCAAGAAAGUUAAAAAAGCAUUGGAAGACAUGGCUGCAGCUGAUGAAGAGUUAACCAGGGCUAAAAAUGCUGCCGUGGAAACUGAAGGAAAGUUACUAGAGUCCAACAAAACAAUAGCUGAGAUAAAAGAAAAAUUAUCUUCAUCAGAGUUUGCAUUGUUUCAGCUCCAGCAGAAAGUCAGUGAGGACAAUGAAAGAACAAACGAGGCUAAGGAGAAGAUGGUGUUGGCCUUGGAAAUAGCAGACAAGAGAGUGAAGGCCUUUGAGGUAAAGACCCGAGAGUUGGAGAAGAAGAUAGAGGAGGCCGAGCAAGCAGUGGCUGUUGCUGAAACGAAAGCCGCAGCAGAAGAAGAAAGAGCCACUGGGUUCCUGGCAGAGCUGGAAAGGUUCAAAGAGGAAACUGAGAAGGUGAAGGAACAUGCCAGGGAGACCCUGCUGGAGUCCUCUAAGAAAAUAUCUGCAAUGGAAGAUAGAGUAGCCGAGGUUACAGAGAUGUUGGCUACAGUACAACAUAAGGCUUCGUCAGCUCAGCAUAGAGCAGUAAUGGCAGAACGGGCUGUGAGAAAAAAGAAUUUUGCAGCAGGAAAUGCAGCUAUAGGAAUUCAGCUUCACAAGGUUGAUACCUCAUUUAUAAGUAUGCCUGGUGCUGCUCCCGAAAUUGAACCAGAUCUAUCCCCUGGCUUGAUGGUAAUGGUUGAGUGGCGGACACUGAGCACAUGA